AUGAGGGUUUUUUUACGAUAUGUGGGUGAUCCAGGAUUUCAAAUUGGCAUAGGAGAAGCUAUUGGUGUCCAUCAAUCUACGGCAUCCCGUACCGUUUCCAACGUUAUAACACGCAUUGUGCGGAAGUCGAGCAUUUGGAUUAGAUUCCCAACCACAUGUGAAGAUCUACACAAUGCUAAAAAUGAGUGGCAAGAAAAGUUCAAUUUUCCUUCAGCUAUUGGUGCUAUAGACUGCACCCAUAUACCUAUUCUGAACCCGUUUAUUCAUGCAAACGAAUAUGUGAACAGAAAGAACUUUGCUAGUAUAAAUGUACAAGCAACGUGCAAUUCAAACGAAGAGUUCACAAGUGUGGAUGUUUCUUGGCCAGGAUCUGUACACGACUCUCGGAUAUGGAAGAAUUCUGAUAUAUGA